CUCGACUACAUAUGCGGCCUCAGGAGAGCGUGGGGUACCAUCAGCGAUAGAAAGACCGCAGAAGAUGGAUCUGAAUGCAUCCCUUGAGUGGCGACUACUCCAGGGCUUUGGAUCCGGUGUGGUCGGCAGGCUUGCAAGAUAUAAGCGUCAGCGUGGGAACGAUUCUUAUGCCAAGACUAUUUCCGCGCUCGACAAUAACCUCGCGUUCCUCGAGACAGAACUGCGCCUUGUGAUUCAGUGGGAGGUAUCUCCUAAAUUACCGGAAGAUACGUACGUCGAACUUCAGGUUAAGCUUCAGAGAUUGUGUGAUGCGCUCGAGGGAGCCGUUAACCUCGCCCUUACUUCGUCACGCAAGGCUGCUGGGCCUAAACUGGGAGAAACGGCUCGACUCACACAGGAGGCUGGAGACAUUGACCUACAACCGCAGCAAGCCAAGCGCUAUCCAUAUCUACGAAACCUGUGGGACUACCUGAAUGACGGGUCAGAGAAUGCCGACACGUUCGACUUGGAUUUGGCCAGUGGUCCAAACCCAACAUUGUUCAAAUUUCAAGGGAGCUCACAGGUAAAGGACGCCUUGGAUGCAGUGUACGAAUGCAAUGAAGCCUUAUUGCGGCUCUGCAAGAACGCACAUAGCCCUUCGCAGCAUGAAAUCUCCCUACCUAUCCAAUCGACAAUUGGCGACCACGCCCAGAAAGAGGAGCGCACAAAGGAAGUGCUCAAGGCUCUCUUUGUGUUGUUCUCCAGCUGCAAUGCAACUCAUGAGGUAUUGCUUUAUGUAUCAGACUGUGGCCAAACUGAGUCAACUCUCGACAUGUUCCUUUCUUGCUGCUCACAUCCAAGGAAGUGGCAGGAAACCAAGUGCUUGCCAUACGACGAUCGAUUCGCCGUGAGCGAGAUUCACGAUAUCUGCCAGGGCCUCGAGACCUGGACAGAGGGCAGAUUGUUCCAAAUACUUCACGAACAUCAUGGUCUAUUCAACGCCCAUGAUGAUAUACCGCCAAAAUCUAAUCUUAGAGUGACUCCGGUGCAAUCUCUAGAUCACUUUAUAAAGACUGGAGCCUUUCUUCGCACUCACCGUGAUAAAUCUCGACCACUGUAUUUCUUCGAUCUCAAAAUGAAGCAAUCUUUAGCUCUGAAACUCGCCAACUGUCUGAUGGCAUUCCUUGACUCGGAAACGACUUCGCCAAGCUGGGAUUCUGCGAAAGUAUUUCUGCUAGCUCCAUCAGGGAUGAAUGCACAAGACCGACUUCUCUACGUGACGUUCAAGAGCGGCAACUGCCAUUGGCCCAACGCUACCGUUGGCUUUGCUGACCCAGUCUUGUUGGCUUUUGCCAAGCUCUUAUUAGAAAUCGACCUGGGAAAGAGAAUCGACCUGGAAGAAUCUAUGUCGAAGCUUGAGCAGUGGGCCAUCCUUUGUGAACGGGCUUUCGAAGCCGAACGAGCGGGCAGCGGCCUUUACGCCGAGGCAGUCAACGGAUGUCUAUACCUACAUCGAGACCUACAACCUACUGAUGAAGACCCCAAGGCAGCUCUACGCAAGGCUGUAUAUCAACGAAUCGUGAGCCGGAUCGAAACAGCGCUGGCUCCUCUUACGAAAGAUAGGAAGCGACGUCGAUCUACGUCCAGCAACGAUUCGACAUCAUCUACUCGCGACGAGGCUAGAAGGAGCAGCUACAACCCGGCUCGAUCGGUGCCUCUAUUUAUGAAUGACAGUUCGUUGCCCUACCUGUCUAAAAGACGGCGACAUCACCUGCCCAUGAAAGGAAAAUGCAUUGAAUUGCAGAAAGAACGGACUCAAAAUUCCAAUGGUGGCCCUGCGAGAUAUUCAAACUCGGGUAGACUCACCGUCUUCCGAGCCCGUCAGGUGGACUUGCAAGACCAGGUUCCAAUCUCCAAAGUCAUCACUGAUAUCAUAUUCAAGAAACUUAGUGAUAUCGACAGAACCUCUACCAAAUUCACCGUAGAAGACAUUACGCGCUCGUCAGUCAAGUACUCCGCUUCGAAGUCCGGCAAGAAAGGAGCAGCGCUGAUCGCAUUCCGUGACGUUGUCCCAGCCACAUUCCAAGCUGUGACACGGAGCAGCAACAGUGUGGUCUUCUCUGGAGACAGUGAUGACGACGAAUUAUCAAUGGAUGUUGACGCCAAUUUCAUUGGAGCGACGCAGUUACACGAACCUGAAUCCAAAGCUGACAUCGUCGCCGACAUCGUCGCCAUCCACGGUCUCAACGGCCACCCAUAUGGAAGUUGGCUCAGCAAGUCUUCGAGGCCAAAAAUGUGGCUCAAAGACUUUCUGCCUGCAGACAUACCAAGCUGCCGCAUCUUCAUCUAUGGUUACAAGUCCAAUAUAUUUGACGAGAAAACCCAUCCACGACAUGAACUUUUCCAUCAGGCUGAGCGACUCAACGCGACGCUAAACAACAUCAGGACUGCAGCAGAGUCCAGACGACCUAUCAUCUUCCUCGCGCACAGCUACGGAGGGCUGGUGCUGGCCCGGACACUCAUCGAGGCACGCACGCGGCAGCGGCCCCUCCUCGAGGCCACGAUCGGCCUCUUACUCUUUGCCUGCCCAAACCGUGGUUUCUAUGUCCAAGACAUCCUCGACACCAUGAGGGCCGAGGACGAAGAAGCUGGGAAUGCCGCUAUGCCAGAGGACAAAGCCGAUGCCCUUGUCCGGCGCCUCGGAGAGGGCGACUUCCGCAACGAACUCGCACCCUACCCGGACGUUAUCAAAGGAAAGCAAGUGUAUACCUUUAUCGAGACGCGAAAGACCGAGACGGUGACAAAAUCUUCAGGGAAGAUCCGCCGCGACGGUGAUCUGGUCAUGGCAGCCGGCCCAAAUUCAGCAAUCCUUGGACUUUCGGGAGAGAACGAAGAGGUUAUACCUACGGACAAAAAUCACUCCGACAUUGUCAAGUUUGCGUCGAGGAGCGACGAGACGUAUGAGGAUGUCAGAUGUCGGCUACAGGCUCUUGUUAGCAAGGCGGAAUCAAAGCAAGAGCUGUUCUAAAUAGGUGGAUGGCAUGUUUUCGCACUUCACGGGUAAGGAGUAUCCACUGAGGAAAACGACUAACUAGAUUUCUUUGCUUUGAAAUUGAAGAGGCGGGUUCCUGGCAUUACGAUGGCGUCGCAAGGGUCAAACCCCUAAAUUUUUGUCGAAGACAGGCAAUCAUAAAGGUAGGGUUAGCCGACGUUCGUGAAAUAUGAGCCAAGGCUUGCGUUGGGAGUAUACUGUACGGAGUACAGUCUCAUUCGAGAGGCGAGAUCACUUUAGACUGCUGCAACUGGUGAACGGCGGGCGGUUACACUCCUGGCUGUGCGAAUGGGGAUAGCCAGAGGCGAAGACAGGGCUACAGCACAACGCAGAUAUUCUGCUCGAUAGGUGGUGAAGACGUGCAUGUAUUGAGAUAUUGCCAGAUAAAACGCUGGAAGAUUGUAUGUUUCAGGGAUGC